AUGUCUUCUCGCCUUCGUCUUCACCCUCGAAUUCUUCAAUCUUCUUUUCAUCUUCAUCCUUCAUCAACACUACGUCCUUACGUCUCGAAAACUUUACCAUCACGCUCCAGCCCGCGUCAUCUCUGUUUUACUUUUGUCCGUUGUCUGACCUAUACAACCCCUCAGCGUAGUUCAAUUCUACCUGGUCAUGCUAUCAAACCAUUCCUGUUGGCCGAUAUUGGGGAAGGAAUCACUGGUUGUGAGAUUGUGAAAUGGUUGGUAGCACCAGGUCAAGAUGUCGCAGAAUUCGAUCCAAUUUGUGAGGUACAGUCUGAUAAAGCGACAGUCGAGAUCACAAGCCCUUUCGAGGGUACUAUUCAUCAAAUGUUCGGUGCUGUUGGCGAGGUCGUCAAAGUCGGCCACCCCCUUUGCGAGAUCGUAGUGAAACAGGAGGGCGAAACUGUCACACCACCUGAUACUCAGUCCAAUGUUGUGGAACCCAGGGUAGAACCAAUUGAACCACAGCUACAUCUGAACAUACCGAUUACGACGACCCAGCCUCGUCUAGUUCACUCAACGCCUGCCGUAAGGCGUCUCGCCAAGGAGCACAGCAUCAAUAUCGAGGCUAUCACUGGCACCGGAAAGGACCAGCGGGUCACAAAGGAGGAUGUGCUUCUAUACAUUUCUCGUCUAGCCACAUCAUCACACGAGUCCUCCUCUACUCCUUUGGAAUCUACCGAACUUCCAACACCCUCCACAGCUGGGAGUGUACGAGUACCCUUCAAUGACGUUCGACAUGCGAUGUUUAGAAGCAUGUCUAAAGCUCUCAAAAUCCCCCACUUUGGCUACUCAGAACAAAUUGAUGUCACCGAACUUGAAAGAGUGAGACUUGAGCUGAAUAGCUCCAACGCUGAACCCAACACGAAACCUCGCCUGACACUAUUCAGCUUGUUGAUCAAAGCCAUGGGACAUGCCCUUCGAUCAGAGCCCAUUUUUCGUUCUACGCUUGGCGAACCACCUUGCUUCGUUCAACGUCAAGCUGCGGAUAUCUCAAUCGCUCUCAGUAGUCCACAGGGUCUUCUUACUCCCUUGAUUCCUAAUGUGGAACAGAAGACCGUUUAUGAGAUCGCUGAUCACGUUCGUCGACUGCGGAAGUUUGUUGAUACGAUGGCAGAUACCACUCGGCUGCCAGUUUUUCCUGAAGAGCUCGGUGGGAAUCGGCCUGGGACGUUCACGCUGAGUAACAUCGGAGUCAUUGGUGGCACUUACACCUAUCCAGUCAUUCCCCCAACGGGUCAGCUAGGCAUCGGAGCGUUUGGGAAAGUACAAGUCUUACCGGGUUAUCGACCAACAGAUAUGGCCUUAGCAUCAGCAAUAGCCCGUGGUCUCAGUCGUGACCCAUGUCCUCAACCUGAACCACGACUGAUGUUAUUUGCAAGUUUUUCGGCUGAUCAUCGAGCAGUAGAGGGAGUAGAACUAGCACGAUUAGUUCAAAGACUCAAAGUGAUCUGUGAACAACCUUCGAACUUCAUAGGUCUUGGAAUCUGAUCACCUUAAAGAGACAACCUUGGAAUGACUCCUCACAAUAUGUAUUGCCAUAUCACUGUCUGAGUGUGGGUGUUGUGUCUUGAUAAAUCGUUUAUUUGUAUAAAAAGUAUUGCCGAUAUGUCCUGCAGUUGUUGUGAUUUUUGUGAUUUUUUUAUUUGAUCAAUCUUGGUGCAAGUACUUUUUUAUUUCUUAUAGCAAUCACCUUUUGUGAGAAAUGAUGGCAAUGUGAUUUGAACUUUAUUUCCUCUU